AUGUCGAGACCUAAAGUUCUGCUCGAAAGGACGAGCACCAUCGGCUUCAUUGGAUUGGGAGCAAUGGGAAAUCACAUGCUGAACAAUCUGAUCUGCCGCAGCCCAUUCAAACGAUUUGCUGUUUUCGACAUCAACGACGCCACAGUAAACGGCGUUAUUGCGCGACACAAAUCUGAGAAUCCCUCAGCACAGAUCCUGAAGUGUGCAUCCCCUGCAGACGUCGCAACCAAAGCGUCAUACAUCAUGAGCAUGGUGCCCACUUCGAAACACGUCCAAGAGGUGUACACGGGCAGGAACAGUGUGCUAACCGCAUUGCAAAACCUUGACGCAGAGUCGAGAUCACACACGCUGUGUCUGGACCAGUCGACAAUUGAGCAAAGUGUUAGCAAAGCUGUCGCGCUGGAGAUGCGCAAGGUCGGUGCCAACAUGAUGGACGCACCUGUGUCUGGCGGCGUUGUUGGCGCCGAAAAAGGCACGCUGGCUAUCAUGGUCGGUGGCGACGAGCAGUCUUUUGAACGAGCUUUACCGGUCCUGUCGUCCAUGGCAAGAAAGGUCACGCAUUGCGGUGACCUAGGCACCGGUCUCGCCGCCAAAAUCUCCAACAAUCUAUUGCUCGGAAUUACCAUGCUCGGAUUAAGUGAAGCAACACUUCUCGGCACAACGCUGGGCGUCAAGCCUCAAGUCCUAGCCGACAUAAUCAACAACUCCACCGGGGAGUGCUGGUCAAGCAAGGUUAACCACCCCGAUCCGGAAGUCAAGGUUGGCGACGCUUUGCCCCCAGCCCACCGUAAUUACGCAGGCGGUUUCGUGACGAAACUAGCUCACAAGGAUCUCGGUCUUGCUGUGAGCGCUGCAAAAGAUGCAAAGGUGCCGCUAGAGCUCGGUAAGCGCUGCGAAGAGGUCUAUAGAGCUCUAGCCAACAGCCAGGAGUGGGGUGGUCGUGACUUUAGUGGUGUAUUGCAGGCACUGAAAGAUACCACAGCUUUGAAGGCGAGCCUUUAA